CGAUCCGCCCUGGCUGAAAUGGAACGGCGGCAGCGAUUGGCUCUCCGUCGGCCCAGACAGCUCACGAGCCCCCCCUCCGCUUUGUUAUUGCAUCGCGUGGGGAAGGAGGCGCGAGGCUGCCGCGGUGGAGCGAGCCAUUAACAGCAGGAUGUGCACGAGGGCGGCGCUGAUGUCGGCAGACAGAUAACAGUCGCGCGCAGACGUCAACACACACAUCCACGGUCCGCCGACGGUAAACAUUCCCGGGCUUCAGCGGCGUCGCAGUGUCGGUGAGGCGCCCCCCCCCCUCCUCUCCUCGGUAUGUCGGAGCUCAGCCCGGCCCCCAGCAGCAGCGACGCCUGCCUCAGCAUCGUGCACAGCCUGAUGUGCCACCGCCAGGGCGGCGAGAACGAGGGCUUCGCCAAGCGGGCGAUCGAGAGCCUGGUGAAGAAGCUGAAGGAGAAGAAGGACGAGCUGGACUCCCUCAUCACCGCGGUGACCACCAACGGCGUGCACCCCAGCAAGUGCGUGACCAUCCAGAGGACGCUGGACGGGCGGCUGCAGGUGGCGGGCAGGAAGGGGUUCCCUCAUGUGAUCUACGCCCGGCUCUGGCGCUGGCCCGACCUCCACAAGAACGAGCUGAAGCACGUCAAGUUCUGCCAGUACGCCUUCGACCUCAAGUACGACAACGUGUGCGUCAACCCCUACCACUACGAGAGGGUGGUCUCCCCGGGCAUUGUGGGUCUCAGUGUACAGACUGGAGGUGAGUGUGUCCUUAAGUUGUCAUGUGUUCUUUGGGCCAUGAGUUUAACCCCCAGGUGUUGCUGUGUGGUGGUUCCACUCUUGUCCGCCUGAGAAAAAUCUCUGAGGUGAAGGACAACGUUAGAAUAACAGCCUCU